CACCUGGCAGUCUUUCUCAGUCUCAGUCUGAAGAGCAGCGAUGUUGAGAGGAGUACUGCUCACCCUGUGGCUGACCACUGCCUCUGUUUGGACGGUGCCGACACAGACAGACUCUAGUCCUGUGGUGGUUCUGAAGCAAGGCAGUGUGCGUGGUCAGAAUGUGAAAGUGGAAGGCUCUGAGAAAACAGUGGAGCAGUACCUGGGCAUUCCUUUCGCUCAGCCACCCGUGGGUCCUCUCCGUCUGGUUGCACCCAAACUUGCAGAGCCCUGGGAGGGGGAGAGAGAUGCCACUCAGCACCCACCUGUGUGUCUUCAAGACCUGGAGAGUCUGGUAUCAGUGUCCAAAAUGUUGGGCUUGACCUUCCCUACCACUACUGCAUCAGAAGAUUGUCUGUAUUUGAAUGUGUACACUCCAGCUCAACGCUCAGCAUCAGAGAAAUUACCUGUAAUGUUCUGGAUCCAUGGCGGGGGUCUGUACAUGGGUGGAGCCCUUCAGUAUGAUGGAUCAGUGCUGGCAGCCUAUGAGAAUAUAGUGGUUGUUGUCAUUCAGUAUAGGCUGGGCAUACUGGGAUACUUCAGCACUGGAGAUGAGCAUGCCCGUGGCAACUGGGGCUUUUUGGAUCAGAUUGCAGCGCUGCAGUGGGUGCAGCAGAAUAUUGAGAGUUUUGGAGGAGAUCCCCAGUCUGUCACUAUUGCUGGAGAGUCUGCAGGAGGGAUCAGUACCUCUAUGCUGACCCUGUCCCCACUGGCCAAAGGUCUUUUUCACCGAACCAUCUUCCAGAGCGGAGCAGCAACCCUGGGAACCUACUCUACCAAACAUCCCAUGGUCUUUGCCAAGGCUGUGGCAAAUGUCACAGAUUGUGAUGCCAGCUCCACAGAGCUGCUGGUCAAGUGUUUGAGAGAAAAGACAGAAGAGGACAUUGUAAAAGCAACCAAAAAGGAAAAAAUUUUCCUGGGAUCCACAGUGGAUGGAGAGUUUAUGACAGAAACAGCAGAGGAAAUUUUGAAGAGCAAAAACUUCCCAAAAAUUCCAGUGCUUUUAGGAGUGACAAACCAUGAGUUUGGGUGGAUUCUGCCUGUAACCUUUGCUCCUCCAGGGUGGGAGAAAGGGAUGGACAGACGGGUGGUGGCUGCAGUGAUGGGGCAGUUUUUCCCAGAUGGGGCAUCAGGAGCCAAUGAGCUCAUAAUAGAUGAAUACCUGAAAGAUGCAAAAACUCCAGGGGAUGUAAGAGAUGGUUUUACUGAGAUAUUGGGGGAUCAGUUCAUGGUGUUUCCUGUCAUGAAAGUGGCUAAAUAUCACAGAGACGCUGGAGCAGACGUGUACAUGUAUGAGUUUCAGCAUCGGCCAGAGAUCUUCAAAGAGACCCGACCCAGCUUUGUGAAGGCUGAUCAUGCUGAUGAUGUGGGAUUUGUGUUUGGGGCCUGCUUUUGGAAGAAUCAAGUCAAAAUGACCGGCACAGUCAGUGAAGAGGAAAAACAACUGUGCAAAACCAUGAUGCGAUACUGGGGCAAUUUUGUGCGAACAGGUUCACCAAACGGACCUGGCUUGGUAAACUGGCCCAUGUUCGAUCAGUCCAAUGAGUAUUUGAACCUAGGAGUGCAGCAGACAGCGGGACAAGGAAUGAGACAGAACAGACUGCACUUCAUAAACGUUGAGCUGCCCCAGAAGCUCGCUGCCUUACACUCAAGCUAAAAAGCUGCUUUGUUUUCUAGUACCAGUAACACUGGCUUUCUACUACAGUGGUAAUAGAACAGGGAAGAGUUUUCUAAAAAUUUAUUGGUGUUGAGAUCAUCUUUGCUGGUAGAGAUGUUUGUUUGGCUUUUUAAGAAUGGUCUUUAUUCUGAGAAGUUUUUGGAAGAACUGACCCAUUUGCUCAUUACUAAACAUUGGUUUUCUAUGUAUAUGAUCAUAAAUAGAUUUUUCUGAA